GGCCGCUCCUCCGCAAUACAAUCUGAAACUCUCUCUUCACACUGAUAUUCCACAAUGGCUACUCAGCCUCCGUUAAACUGCAAGACGACUCUGAAUGGAGCUGAGACUUGGAUACCUUGCCCCACAACGACCACUUCGAAGCAGACAACAACAACAACCACCGCCUCCACCACCACCACUACUACCACAUCACCAUCUUCUACUACUACAACUACGACUCGAUCUACUGAUACGACUUCUUCAAGUCCCACCCCAACCAAACCAGAUGGCACAACGGGCCUUCCUUCUGAUACUUCUACCAGUGUGAAGAAAACUUCUACUGCUGUCUCCAACCCAGAUUCCAGCGUUACCAGCUCUCUUCCUGCAUCUUCCCAAACGGCUUUGCCUCUUCAUCAGCAUGCAUCCCUCUCUACAGGCGCCACCGCUGGAAUCGCAGUCGGAUGUGCUGCCGCUGGUCUCAUCAUUGGCCUUCUCGCCGCCCUUCUACUGUUCCGCCGUCGAAAGGGCAAAGGAGUCACCGACAUAAGUCACGCACCCAUUCUUGUUGAGUCCAAAGAGCCUCCAUCGACUGAGAACAUCGACGGUAUUGGAUCUGUUGCUGGUAUCCGGCUGGGCCAAUUUCUCCUUGAUGGAGCUCCUGGCCAAGAAAUUGUCAGCGAGUUACAAGCUUUGAGCGAGCUCAUCCGCCAACAUGUGGAAGACUACUACACUCUUCAGCCAGUGGACGUCAGUGUCGGAUCAUUGUCGCAAUCGCUCCAAAAUCUUGGAUUAGGAUCAAGUGGCUUGGGAUUGACUGCGGAGGCAAUUGCUACUUUAUGUACCAACAGCUAUUCUCGUCAAAUUGGCCUGCGCCACGUUAUCUCGAAUGUCAUUUUUGCAAGUAUCGACUUUCACACUCGUAGCAACUUGUCAAUGCUUCCCGGGCCUGCUGCUGGGCUGCUGCAGUCUAUUCCCGGAGCUGAAUAUGGCGGUAACAACAAUCUAGCAUUCUCCCAAGCCCUUCAGACAUGGCGUCGACUGUCCGCUUUCCUCCUCCAUCAAAAUCGCAGCCAGCGAACCUCCUUGCAAGCGGACGCCUUUACAAUUGCACCUCAAGCUCAAUUAGUUACCAACUCUCUCAACAAUUUCUUGAACGCCUUUGUUAUUCCAGGACAGAACAGUCAGCAGGCAAGCCACCUUCAAGAGGUUGUGAUCGAAUGCGCAAAGCUUGGCUACGUGCUGUUCUCUCACCCGGUGGAUUGGAAGUUUAUUUUUGAAGAGUCCGGGACUAUAGUGGCCGAUGCAAAUGUAGUAGUUAUCUGCCCUGGCUUAGAAAAGUGUAGUGACCGUGAUGGAAAUCCUCUUCGGCCUCCACGAAGAGUCGCAGCCCCGGUUGAGGCAACUCUCUGAUCUGGGGAUCCACAAGAGUCUUCGGGAUUGCCGAGUCUCUUGGUACCCCAAUACUAUCCUAUUUAGAUAUCUUUAAUAACAUUAGCAUUAACACGCG